UGGAGCAUCUCGCACUUCUGUGUGUGUGAUGCCAAGGGAAGGAAAAUUUGACAAACAGACAAAAAUUAAAGUAAGUGGGGUAAAAGGGGAGGCUUUUGAUGUAAAACAAUUGGAACCAAUAAAAAUAAAAUAUGGGGUAAAUGAAAUUCGGACCCUGAAGUUGUUAUAUGUACCUGAAGCAGGAAUUAAUAUUAUGGGAAGAGAUUUGAUGUCUGCACUGGGGCUUACAAUAAGUUUUGAUAAAAACGAAACAGCAUAUGUUCUAACAGAAGAGAAGGAACAGAAAAUUGACCCCUUAGUUUGGGUACAACCAGGCAAUAGAGGUGGAUUGGAAAUAGAGCCUCUGAAAAUAAAACUGAAGCCCCAAAGUGAGGUAGUAAGCCAAAAACAAUAUAACAUUUCAAUGGAGGGAAGAAAAGGUCUUCAACCAAUCAUAGACCAGUUAGUGAAGGAUGGGUUAUUGGAGGGAACUAUGUCACCCUAUAAUACCCCCAUCCUACCUGUGAGAAAACCUGAUGGUACUUACAGAAUUGUACAGGAUUUGAGGCUCUUAAAUUUUAUAGUAGAGACCAGACAUCCAGUGGUUCCAAACCCUUAUACCAUUCUGGGUAAAAUACCUGUAGAACACAAAUGGUUCAGUGUGGUGGAUUUGAAGGAUGCCUUUUGGUCUUGUCCUUUGGACAAAGACAGUAGAGCAUUAUUCGCGUUUGAAUGGGAGAAUCCUUUCACUGGAAGAAAACAACAAUACCAGUGGACUGUAUUACCCCAAGGAUUUACAGAAUCCCCAAAUUUAUUUGGACAGGUGUUGGAGCAAACUUUGGAGAAAUUCAAAUUGCCAAAAGGCGUAAAAAUGAUUCAGUAUGUAGAUGAUUUAUUAAUAUCAGGCAAAAAGAAAACAGACACUGAGGAGGGAACAAUUGCCUUGCUAAACUUUCUAGCCCAACAAGGCCUGAGAGUGAGCAAGGGAAAACUUCAAUUUGUGGAACAGGAGGUAAAGUAUUUAGGACAUUUGAUCAGUCAAGGUUCUAGAAGAAUCAGUGCUGAAAGAAUUCAAGGGAUUGUGGAACAAUCGAGACCCAAAACGCAAAAAGAAUUAAGGAAAUUCUUAGGGUUAAUUGGAUAUUGUAGAUUGUGGAUAGAAGAUUAUGCCAAAUGGACAAAGAAGUUAUAUGAACAAUUGAUCCAAACUAAACCAUUCAAAAUUGGGUGGACUAAGGAACUUGAUGAAGACUUCCAAAAACUAAAACACUUGUUGGUUAGUGCUCCUGUUCUUAGUCUUCCCAAUUUAGAUAAGCCCUUCCACCUCUUUGUUUCAGUAGAAGGAGGAGUGGCUCUAGGAAUUUUGACGCAAAAUUGGGCGGGGCAAAAGAAACCAGUGGCAUAUUUGUCAGAAAACCUCGACUCAGUGGCCCAGGGAUGGCCUACUUGUAUUCAAGCAAUAGCAGCAGUGGCCUUGUUGGUGAAAAAGAGUGAGAAAAUCACAAUGGGAGGGGCACUAAUUGUUAGUAGUCCUCAUCAAGUAAGAACUCUACUGAAACAAAAGGCAGGGAGAUGGCUAACUGACUCAAGGUUGUUGAAAUAUGAAGGGAUGCUGUUAGACCAUGCUGACCUAGUUCUGACCACUGAUUCAGCCUUGAAUCCGGCACAAUUCCUAAAUAAAACUAGCUCAUUUGAAAAUGAUGAAAUUGAACAUUGGUGUAGUGAAAUAGUGGACUUAGAAACGAAGAUCAGACCAGACCUGCAAGAUAUUCCCCUAACAGAAGGGGAAAGAUGGUAUAUUGAUGGUUCUUCACGAGUAGUAGAGGGAAAAAGACAAAAUGGAUAUGCCAUCAUACAAGAAGGAACGUGGGCCCUUUUGGAGGGGGGUAGAUUGCCAAAUCAUUGGUCUGCACAGGCAGCCGAAUUAUAUGCUCUAAAAAGAGCUUUAAUAUUGGGAGAGAAAUUGAAUUUAACAAUUUACACCGACUCUAAGUAUGCCUUUGGAGUGGUGCAAACUUUUGGAAAAAUUUGGAAAGAAAGGGGGUAUGUGACAAGUCAGGGGAAAGAUCUGAUACACCAACAACUAGUGGAGGAGGUGUUAUCGGCCCUUGUAUUGCCACAUAGAAUUGCUGUAGUACAUUUGAGAGCACAUCAAAAAGGGGAAGAAAUUGAGAAAAAGGGGAAUAGAUUGGCAGAUCAAGAAGCUAAAGAGGCUGGCAUGAGUGAAAUUAUUGAACAAAUCAAGCUUAUGAUUCCUCAUGUAGCUAAAAUAAAAGAAAUCCCAACCUUUAAUGAAAAGGAAGAAGACAAAAUUAAGAAGAUAGGAGGAAUCAAGGAUAAAGAAGGAAAGUGGUGGUUACCAGAUGGAAGACAAAUUCUUAAUUAUCCCCUCAUGAGACAAAUCUUUGAAAGACUGCAUGAGGGGAGUCAUUGGGGAACUCAAGCUUUGAUUGAUGAGGUGCUAAAAAGAUAUGCAGGAGUGAAGGUUUACACUGCAGCGCAACAAGUAACCCAAAAAUGUAUAAUUUGUCAAAGAGUAAAUAGAAACCAAUUGAGAGAAAAACAAAAGGGAGGAAGGCCUUUGGCCCUCUACCCUUUCCAAAACAUACAAAUAGAUUUCACUGAAAUGCCACAAGUGGGACGGUAUAAAUAUUUGUUGGUAAUAGUAGAUCACCUAACGGGGUGGGUGGAAGCUUACCCUUGUUUUGAUGAAACUACUAGAACUGUGAGCAGAUUGUUGUUAGAACACAUUAUACCAAGAUAUGGGAUUGUUCAAAGAAUUGAUAGUGAUCAGGGAAAACAUUUCACCGGAAAAAUCACUCAAGGGAUAGCUAAUGUGUUGGGAAUAAAAUGGGAUUUGCACAGCCCAUGGUGCCCGCCCUCUAGUGGAAAAGUGGAAAAUAUGAAUGGAAGGAUUAAAACUAUGUUAACGAAAUUAUAUUUGGAAACAGGAAUGAAUUGGAUGAAAACUUUGCCUAUAGCCCUGUUUAGAAUAAGAACACAACCUAGGAGGGAUGUUGGGAUUUCACCUUAUGAGAUGUUAUUUGGCAUGCCACUAAGGAAUGCUGGUAUACAAAUGGGGAAUCUACCUAGUAAAGAUAAGGGACUGAUUCAAUACUUGCAAAUACUGUCCCAGACUUUUGAUUCUUUCAGAAAAACUGGCUAUUUGAUACAAACUCCUCCUCUAAGCUUCAAAGUCCACUCCAUAGAAGUCGGAGACCAAGUGUGGAUAAAGACGUGGAAGGAUGAUUCCCUCAAACCAAAGUGGGAUGGACCGUUCUUGGUGUUAUUGACCACAGACACUGCCAUUCGAACACAAGAAAAGGGUUGGACUCAUUAUACCCGAGUAAAGAAGGCUAAUCUUGAGGAGUCGGAAACAUGGAAAGCAUUUCAAAAAGAACCAUUGAAACUGGUGUUAAAAAGACAAUGACUUAUAUCCUUUUGAAUAUGACAAUAGUGGCGAUUGGGGGAAAAUUAUGGAUUGAGCCGCCUAGAAUCUUUGAACAUAAUGGAACUUGGACACAAAUUCGGUGUUAUAAUGACAAAGAGAGUGAACACUGUCCCAUGAACUGGAUCUUUGAACCCAAAAUUUGGUGGUGUGAAUCUAAGUUGCAACCAAACUGGCAGCAAGUAGGUCAGGAGAAAAGCUGGGUAACGCAAAAUAAAGGGGCUUGCCUUCCUAAAAGAUCCUGAAAACGAUACCCUCCUCUGGACCACUCCUGAUGGGUUA